AAUUCCUGUACGAAUAUACCCAUCACUUUUGCCAGGGGCAAUCCGAAUCAUGCCGCCAAAACAAUCCGUCGAAGAGUCGCAGUCCGGCUCCGGCGCGCCCAGACCUGCCACGUCCCGGUCGUCCGCUUUCAGCGACAAGAUAGAGGAACUUUAUCACAAACCGGCAAAUGAAAAACAUCGCAGAGUACUUCCGAAAGUCAUCUACUACGAAGAACUCGAAACGAUCAGACGGGAGAAACCGAUUGUUGAUCCGAAAGACGCUGCUGCCCCUGUUGUGACGGUCGAGAUAUGGGAGCGCCCGGAGGCUGUUAAGGAGCCGGAGAUUACAACUAUUGGCGACGACGAUGAUGACGAUGGGGAGGUUAAAGUCAAGCCGCUUCCGUUUAAGAAAACCGCUGCGAGUCCCAAGGUCGAGGGGAAGCCGAACACUUCGACUACGAGUACAGGGGUCAAGAGGAAGGCAUGCAGUCUUAAUCCCAAACCGGUCAGACUUACAUCAACCCAUAACUUUACAGCUAUCAGGAAGCAACUGGGAUAUAGAAUGUCCAUCGAUGACCACUUUGGCAGAUACAAGCUAGCUGCAACUACGAAUUUUACCGACCGGUAUUCCAAGUCCGAUCCUACAAAUCCAAUUGCCGAUCCAGACCUGGCGACUAUGCUCGGAGACUUCGACUGGUCGGGGUUUUUCAAAAACCACAAGCGGCAUUAUAAAAACUUUCAACAUCCUCCCGCUGUCCUCUACAAGGGCUUCCCCAUGGUCGAAAAGGUUGUCUUUGUGAUGCAUCCAAACAAGUGGGACUCAGAGGACAGGGACGGCAAACAUAUGGAUGAUGGGCACUGUUACUGGGCUUCUAUCGCGCUACUGAUCUACGGCAGUGCCAGCUUCUGGUUACUCGUCAAAGCGGAACACCUCUGGUAUCUCGAGAGCAUCCUCAACAACCCUCAUCAUCCUCGCCACCAUUCCUAUAAGAGAAUGAUGGAAACCAAAUUCAAGUCCAAGUCAGAUGGCAUAAAAGGUUUAGCUACACCGAAACAAGGAGAAUUCAACCUCUGGGAGGCACUGCACAUUCCGGGCCUCUGGGUGAACCACGACCUGUGCUAUUUGACCGCUGAUCUCUACAAAGUUUUUCUCGUGCUUUACAAGUACGACUCGGCAGAGAAUGUUCAGUUCAUUAACAAGGUCUACGACAUGAAGACUUUUGGGGCCUACAACAGUCGACAUAUAUUUCUUUGCUAUGCGCAUGAAAAUCACUAUCGACCCAUGCUUCCGAACGACUAUUUAUCGUAUGAGUUCCGUCUACCACGCCUCACGCUGGCGUCCACAAAGAUGUACAAGCUCCAGACAGCAGAACACAACAGGCCAGUUGACGGCUUAUCCCACCACUGGCGGGCACCAUUGAACUCGAUUCCAUCUUCACUAUCGCUACCUCGAGGUCGUCAUCAAGAUUCGGUAACGGAAAGUCAUAUCUACAGAGUAGUUGGGUAUGACCCUCCCGUGGUCGCUUCCGCAAGUCCAAAGCGCAAAAUAGAAAUCGUUCUUAGUGACGAUGAUGAUCCAAAACCGCCAAACCCCAAGCAUUUAAAGGUUGAAAAGACGCCCCCGGCGAGUCAGAUGGGGAAUCCGGAAGCAACAAAGCCAGUAUCAACGCCUGUACCAGCGCCUGCACCUAAGACCACUACUCCGACGCCUGCACCCAAGCCUACUACUCCCGUGAAAUACAUUCCUCGAAUCCAUAGACUACCGAGCCCAAGGGUCCUUCGGCCGUUUAGACCUCCAAAUCCCAACUGCCCAGUUGUCAUCCCUCCAGUAGGCAAGGCCUUCGAAGCUUUUAAUGGCGAAUGGGAACAACUCGAGACACCCCCAGGCCAGACAACGUCAACGGCUCUAACUACUCGGGGCCCAUUCGGCCUCACCGCCCUCUCCUCCCGACCACCGCCCGACCUAACCAAGCUGUACACGUACUUCCCCCACUACGACCGCCAACUGCUCGACAGCUUCUACGCCUGGCUCAUCCAGCCAGAGAACAUCGUGAAACCAGCCCACCAGAUCCUAGACGCCCUUGAACUAGGCAACCAGCAAUUCGAACAAGCCAAGAACCCCGCCCUCGCCAUCCGCAACCUCCUCGGCCUAACAGCCGACAUCGGCGCUGUGGUGACCUUACUCACCCGCUACGACUUCCGGCUGCUCCUGGAGUUCUACUCCUACGAGAUGAAGGUGGAGAACAAAGCAGGCAAAAGCGCCGCGCAGCUACUCGACGAGUUGGAAAAAGGCCAUGAGAAGUGGACCAAGGGCGUCACUGCCCCGAAACACAGCGGUGUGCAUCCGGGGAUUAUAUAUACCCUCGAGAUGAUGCUCGGGCGGUAUGAUCCUACCUUACUAGCGGAUAUGGCACAGUGGGCGAAGUUGUCCAUGUCGGCGUUUGCACAAGCAGGCCAGUGCCAGGGUCUGGGGAAGGAGCAGAAGUGGAGUAAUGCGCAGUUGGUGCAGCUGUUGGAGGAAAAGCAUCAGCGAAGGGAAGAGGUGAAGAGGGUUGAGAUUGAAAUGAAGGAGGCGACAAGGAGAGUUAAAGACCGACUGGAGCAGCAGGAUAGAGUGUUGGCGCAACAUAGAGAGUGGGAAGCAAGGUUUAAAUACUGGUAUUUUACUUCUAGGGAACAGUUUUGGUCUAAGCAGGAUACCAUGGAGGUGGAGAUGACGGGGCGGCCAAGAUCGCCAAAUGCGAUGGAUCUGGAUGAGCCUGACUACAUGAUGGGUAUGAUGGGGGUAAACCCGUUUGCUCCCGGACCACCGCCAGACGGGACUAUUCCGAUGGAUAUGGGCCCGGACAUAGACAUGGACGGGGACAUGGACAUGGGAGUAGAUCCGCAGACAGAACAACGACAGGAACGCGAGAGAUACAUGGAAGAAGCGAAGCUGAAGGUGCGAGAUCUGACGAAUGUUGAGAACUAUAAGGACUUAUUUAUAAGUCCAAGGAAACCUCAAAUUGGCCUUAUGCUUGCAGAGAAGAAGCAAGCGGAGAAGGACCUCGAAAGGUUCAAGGCGAAGAGAAGGGCGCAGAAGGCGGAUGAGAAGCUGCGCGAACAUGAGAGGCUUAGGAAGGAGCAGCGCGAGAACCAAAAAGCCAAGGAAAAGGGAGACGAAGGUAAUAAGACGGAUAGCCAGCUACAAGAGGCACUGAGGAGAAGAAAGGAGCUUUACGAACAGCAGAAACGCGACGCAGAAAAGGAGAAACAAGAACCCCCUCGAGGAAGGUCUCGUGCUGGCUCUGCUUCCGGUCCCAGUGGUCGUCGACGCUCCGUCUCUCGUGCCGGUUCAAGUUCAACAGCUACACCCGGCACCGGACGAGAGCGUCGCGCAUCCCUCUCCAAACCACCUGGCCCAAGGACUCCUAGCCGCAUGCGUGAGGAGACAAGACGCUCUCAACUCGAGACGGAAAAUGUCAUUGAUGAGAAUCCAAUGGCUCUGGUACUUGCUAGACCUCCGCCUCCUACUCUCAAACUUCGGCCUGCUACACCUCCCACUUCUGCCACUCCCGUGGGUGACGACCCCUUUGGACCUCCACCCCCGAAGGACACAACUAGGCUCGAUCUGAAACGUACAGCUCCCUCUUCUUCUUCUUCCAAUGCCCCUUUUAGCUCCACAGCUCCCGCUUCUAGUUCCACAGCUCCCGCAGUUCCCGCACCCAGACUCGACCUCAGACCUAUAAAACCAGCCAAGCCAAUGACGAGAUCUAACCUCGGCUCCAGCUCCAACCUUACUUCUACCUCCAACCUCCCUUCCACCUUCAAAAAACCCACCACGCCAGGUAAACAGCCAGUGAAGCCCAUGCAGAGAUUCAACAUCAACACAGCUACGCGACACAGCAACUUUAACCCGAACGUCGGCUCCAAGCCUCCUCCCAACACCAACACGCUCAACCCAACGUUUAACCCACAACCACGUGGUCCUUCUUCUCGCCCCAUCUCUCACCCAAGUCCUAGCUCUGUCUCUACCUCUGGCCCUAGCCCAGGCUCCAGCUCUGGCUUUGGCUCUGGCUCUGGCUCUGGCUCUGGUGCUCCACGUCCACGCGCUGGUUCCGGAGUGGGAUCUGGCGCAGGUCGUCCCCGUGCUGGUUCCUUCGGUUCCGGAGCGAAGUCCCCUACAAGAAUUAGCAGGAAGAGGGGGGCAGCAAACUCAAGUUCGAGUUCGAUGAUGUCAAUGUCGGGCAUCAUUGAAGAAAACUUGGAUAAGAUAUCGAGUGAGAAUACGAAUAUAAACCCCAUGAAAUUGGCGCUGGGAAGCGGAAGCUCAGCAGGAUUUUCAUUUGGGUCCCUUACAGAUGGCCCUAGCGGUGGGCAGCAGCCCGUUACCUCUAAGCAGCCACCAAGGCAGCGCCCUAAGCAGAGGGUGGAAAGGCCCAGGCAAACGGUGGCGAGGAAGCCGUGGUUGUCGGAUGUGCAGGAGGUGGAUGAGGACAUGGAUGAGGAUUUAUAUGGGGAUUUGGAGGGGAAUGAGGAGAAAAUAAAGGUGGAGGUGCAGGGUCAGGGAGGGGGAGAUGUGGUUGAUGGGAGUUUGAGGAUUGAGGAGUUGGGGGAUGAUGAUGCGGAUUUUUAUGUUGAUGAUGGUACUUGGUGA